CACCAUCUAGCAGCGUUAACCAUGUUUCGCUGGUCCAGGACGGCUGCCCUUGCCAUCGCUUGCCUCGGCGUUCUCACCAACUUCGCCCUCGCGAUCCAGCUCUUCGCCCUCUGGCGCACAUUCAGGUCUGACACGGAGAGUGAGUGGGAGGGCUCAAUCGACCUCUGGGCCGUAAACGGAUUCAAGCUUGUCGGCAUUCUAUCUGCCGCCUACUUCGUCACUGCUGCUGCUGCCAGCAUCGCAGGGCUCGUAGGCAUAUUCAAGGGCAUUCCGACAUACGUUCGUUUCUAUCGCGAUUAUUCCAUCGCCGAUUUCUCCUUCACCACCAUCACAACACUCCUUGUUACAUAUGCCUCAUUCCGUUACUCCGCCGUCCGUGCUGGCGUCUGCGAGGAGAUUUCAAGACAUCCAGACUUCAUGAGGGAAAUGCAGGAGAUGGGCCUCAACCUAGAGAAUUGCGAGCAGUGGUUCGAGAGGGCUGUCGUCGCCUUCGUCGUUCUCAUGCUUAUUGUCAUAGUCGUUCGCCUUCAUUUCGUAUUGGCAAUCUCGCAUUACUACUCGCAGCUCACACGCCACCACGGCAGCAGUCUCCCAGUCUUCCUCAGGAGCCACCACAAGGACACCACUGGUCUCCAGCGCAUCUACCUUCUCCCAAGUCCGACAUCUGCAACCUCGUUCAAUACGCAGGGCACGCAGCCCGAGAUCGUAUACGCACCAGUUCCGCUGCGAGACCUCUCCGAGCAGGAUGCACGGGAGCUGAACGCUCGCGAAGCAUGGAUCCGUACAUCCUCUUCACCUCAGCCACCACGCACACACCGACACAGCCGGUCGCAUUCGCAUCCCCACCGGCAUCAUACAACAGGGCGGAUCGGCCUUCCCAUCCGCCCUAACGAGGGACUACUCCCUGGCCACGAGAAGAUCCUCAAAGAUUGAUUCUGCAACAACCGAUCUUUUCUCCUCUUUUCGAUGCCCUCGUUUUGUUAGCCAUUAGUUGCCCUCUGCGCUGUCGUCCUUGCUUGGUUGCUCAUCAUGUUUAUUUUUGUCACUGUGGCACCUCUUUUCCUUCUGCAGUCUAGUCUUGGCGUGGGUCUCUAUCUCUUUUUCUAUCUUUCGUUGUUUAGCAUAUCGUACUCGCUAUGUUAUUUGGUUGGGUCUCUUCUGCCUCUUCCAAACGUUUCUCUCCUGACGUCGACGUCCUGGUGGAGAAUCUGAUUCUGUCCUUACGCUCCUCCAUCCACCUACCCGCGCGCCCCCUUCAUCUUCUCCGUACCAGUACGAGAGGGUCACUUUCUCAUGGUCUAUCCAUCGUGUUGUAUUCUUCCUGGUCCACACCCCCUCAUACUUAGAACAUAGUCACGUACCGCAUGUCUUUUUAACCCGUAUAUGUGUUUGCAGCUUUGCUUUGUCG